AUUUACUAAUCCAUAAAACCUUGGCUGAGCCUUCAAAGUCUUAUUGCGCCCACAUUUGAGAAAAAAAUCCCCCAGAGCAACCGCGUCAAUUAACGUGUUCUGACAUACCUUUCCCAAUUGCGACUCUAAAUUUUCCCUCUAUAUAUACAUUUUCAUUCAUUCUUUUCCCUGUAUCAAAUUCUUCUUCUCUCAACUUCCCAAACCAAACAGAUUUUCUCUAUUGGUUUCUUGUUCUUGUUCUUUACAUGGCUGAGAAACAACCUCACCUUAACGGAGCCUACUAUGGCCCCUCAAUUCCACCAGCUACAACAAACUACCACCGCCCAGGCCGUGGCUCAGGUUGCGGAUGCGCCUGCUGUCUUUUGAAGAUCCUCCUUAAAAUCAUCAUCACUGCUGCGGUUGUCAUUGGCCUUGCUGUUCUCAUCUUCUGGCUCAUCUUCCGCCCCAACAGGAUCAAGGUCCAUGUGACAGACGUCUCACUCACUGAAUUCAACCUCACUAGCAACAACACUUUGAAUUACAACCUUGUUGUUAACAUGACAGUGCGUAACCCCAACAGGAGAAUUGGCAUAUACUAUGAUCGUAUCGAGGCUAGGGCUUACUACGAGGACCAACGAUUCGAUACGCAAACUUUGAACCCGUUUUAUCAAGGACACAAGAACACUAGUUUCUUGAACCCUGUUUUCAGUGGGGAGCACUUUGUUAGCCUUGGUGCUGAGGAGACUUCCAAGUUUAAUGAAGAGACGACUAAUGGGUUAUACAGUAUUGAUGUGAAGUUGUACUUGAGAAUUAGGCUCAAGAUUGGCAGGAUCAAGACUGGUAGGUUCAAACCCAAAAUUUCUUGUGACUUGAAGGUUCCUUUGAGCUCUGGCAAUGGUAGCUUGGCUGGUGCUCUUGAAACUACUAAGUGUGAUUGGGAUUUCUGAUCAGCAGGACGGCUCUGAUUCAUCCUUCGAUCGAGUCGUUGAUUCUUUUUUUUUUUUUUUGGCUUUUUCCCCAGGAGAUAUUUAUACAGUGGACUUGGUUUUGAGAUAUAUAUUAUACACUGAUUAUUACGUUUUGAUUAUUUAUCAUUUUUGUUUCAUGGGUUACGUUUUGUUACGUUUGUGUGAAUAAAUAAUGAGUUUUAGUGGUUCAUUUUCCAUCUUGA